UGCCACCAAUGGUCGGAUUUUUACAACUUGAAAUUAAGAAAAAAUGGCAAAAACGUUACUUUCAAAUAAAAGAUGGAUCGAUUUAUCACAGCAAGGAUUUAAAGGGAACAAAUGAAAUGUUCCUUUGUUCAAUGGUAUCAUUUGAUGUCUAUACUUGCACACAGAUAAUAACCAAAAGAUAUCAAACUAAGUUCGCUUUUGCACUAAAAUCUCAAGAUAAGAUUACAAUGUUUUUAAAUCCGGAGAAUGAUUAUAUUCGUUUCUUAUGUGCGGAUAAUUUGGAUAUGAUGAAUAAUUGGAUUUUAAGCAUUAGAACAGCCAGAAAUAAUAUAAUGCGUCGAGAAAGGCCUGAAUUGUUUGUCGGAAUACCUUCUAAGAAUGAAAAAACAUCUUCUCCGAUUAAUCUUGACAUGCCAUUAACUAACGCAUUACCGGCUGCGAUUUCUGAGACUACUUCAUUAAUGAACGAGAUUUCAUUUGAAUUAGCAACUCUUACUGGUACUUCUUUAAAACAGAAGCCAUUUGCACCUGCUCAAGUAACAACGACGGCACAGGACACUAGAGGAACAGCUGUUCAAGACACAAUACAAUCUACCACUAGUCAAUGGGAUACCUUACGCCAUCAUGUGUAUAGUCCUUCCGGAAAACUUGCAGAUUCUUUAUCCGGUCGUCCCUCAACGACUCCUCAACUAAAUACCAAAGAGCUUAAGAAAAAUGAAACAUCAAAUCCACUUUCUCCACCCGCUGAGGAAUCAAGAAAGAAUCAAUCUUCCGGACCAUUCAAAGGUGGCUCCUUGUUAGAUUAUAAUGAGAAAAAUCCACCAAUUAAAGCUGUAGAAGUAGAAGCUGUUACUUUUGCAAAAGGUUCAUUGUUAGCAUCCAAUGAUUCAUUAUUCGAACAAGCAAAGGAACGAGAAAAAUCUCGUCGAGGAAUUCAUGUCAAAGAUUUGAACGGAAAUAAUACAUUUAAUUCAGUUAAAUUUCAAAAGGGUUCUUUAUUAAGUAAAAGUCCUCCUGAAACUAGUCAACCUUCUCAACCACUUGCAGGUCAUUUAAUACAAAUAGAGGAAGGAGUUCGUUUUCAUAAAGGAUCAUUAUUGGCAAAAAGCAAAGAACAUUAUGAGAAUGAUCGGGUAAACAGAAAAUUAGGUGGUGGUCCACUACUAACAAUAGAUACACCGAUUGCAAAUUCACCAAAAAUAUAUUCACCACCUGCAACAACAGCAGGUAGAACAUUAUUAGAAAUUGAUAUGAGACCUGAUGCUCAACAUACUAUUGGUCAACGAAAUAAUGAAAAUGGAGCUUUUAGAUCUGAUAAUAGUGAUGAUGAUUAUGAGUUUGUAUAA